ACUCUCUUGAUUUAUAAUUGUCAGUCCGAGCGAUUCCGCAUUCGAUAAAAUUUAUUACAAUUUUGCAAUCGCGCGUAAAUAUAAAUUGAACGUAGUACAAUACUGUAAUAAAUGGCACGUGAUAUACAUGCGUGCGAGCAUACAGCUCCUUUUUACGAUAUUCUAUCUUCAUGCUAUCCGACAGGACAUGGAUCCAGAAAAUGUGGGCAAGGAAACUUUUCUAAAAGUGACAAAUUGGUUACGUGAAGUUUGGGAAAUGAGACGGCGUGCUGAUGGACAAGUUCAACAAUGGAUUGAUUCAAUACCAUUGCCUACAAAAUUGGAUGUUACAAACGAAUGCCAAGAACGUAAUUCGAAUAAACAAUUAAUACCAACAGAGCCUAAAGACAUUCAAUUUCCUAAGGAUUCAAAGAUUCCAAGCAUGACUGUAUCGGCGCCUAGUAAUGUUCCUAAUUCAUCAGCAAUGAAUAUACCAGUACUUCCAAGUUCGCUUCCUCAUCAUAGACUAGCACGAGACGCGAGCUUUCAAUCAGACAGCAGUCACUGUAGUAGUGUCGAAAGUUUACUAGAAUUACGAAGAGCGGAUCCGACAGCAAUUUUGCUCGAUCUUGGUUUCGGUGGUAGCUCAAACAAUUCGCGAGAAAACGAUCCAAUUUCUCGCAUUCCUAAGAGGUUCCUUCAGCCAUCAUCGUUACAAGGCAUUGCUAUAGACGAGUUUCUUAAGCAACAACAAGAGACUAGUGAAUCUUUUGAUUCGGUAUCUUUAGGAUAUAGAGGCCUAACAGGAUCGCCAUAUGUAGCUCCAUCAGAAAUUGUGCAAAAAAUUAUGGAACGUUUGCGGGAAAAUGAAAACCAUGAAGUGGAUACAAAUUCAUAUUAUUGUGAGCAGUACAGUCCCUUAUAUCAAAAUUCAGGAAGACUUUCUGUGCUUUCUCCUGACAACAGGCAGUUUUUAGAACAACCACGUUCUAAAAGUCCUGAUAUGCGCAACAAACGUAUGAUUAUAGGACAAAAAUCAUUUGCUUUUGGAUGCGAUGGAAAUUUAAUCGAAAUACCUUCCAAUGAUACAAAUCUUGCGUCCAUUAAUACAAUAGAUAGUAAUAAUAGUUUAUUGGAUGAUAGUAAAUCCAUAGAAUUAAAGCAAUCAUCUUUAGAAGAAAGUAUAACACUCGAACAUAGGUAUUUUUCGAAGAAUGAUAAGAAACUAGUGAAACAAUUGUCAUUUGAUGAUACUGUCGAUUUUCUUGAAACUGACCAAUUAUUAAAAGACAAUCGGGAAAUGGCGAAUAGCUUAAAUAUUGCUCAAAAUGGCAUAAAUGUAGAUAAUAAUGAGCAGAAGAAUAAUGUAUUCGAAACAAGUCCCAAAAAACCUGGGGAACAUGAAUUUGUUGAUGUUCGAAGGGCUAGCGACGGGUCGUGCGAUACUAAAUUUUUAAAAAAUAAAGUAUUUAUCGGACGAAGAUUUAGCGAUGGCGCAAUGCCCACUAUUGAAAGCCAAAGUACGGGAUGCACGUUAAUGCAGAAGAGAAGAAGUUUUAAAAGACAGUCUAGAGUUUGUGAUACAAUCAAUUGUUGUGAAUCUAUUAGGUCUAACGUAUCAAAUGCGAUAUUUGAAUAUAACAUCGACAAUGAAGAGGAAAUAUCUAGUGACAUAACUAAAAGCACACACCAAGUAAAUAUGCUGAAACCAUUUGAGUCAACCGAAGCUGAAAAGCUAGAACUAAAAAUAGAUAUGGAAUCUUCGUUUAGAGAACCUAAUUGUAUGUCUUCAUUAUCAAAAAAUAACGAAACUAUCGAUAAAAUGAAACGCUUUGAAACUACAGAAGAAAGCUCAGCAUCGGGUAAUCAUUCUUGUAUGGAAGAUAAUCAAGUUCGUUAUUGCAAAGGUAAAGUUUGUAUAGAUUGUAAGCAUGAUAAGAAUUGUCCAGAUUGUUGUCAUGUCGACAAACGAAAAUAUUGGAAGAAAAUGAAAAAGAUUAUGCGAGAAAAUAAAAAAUUAGAGGAUAUGUUAGCAAAAAGUAGGAGAGAAGUAGCAGAAAUUCGUGAUAUACUAAGUAGCGUUUUAUCGGUCAGAAUGGAACCGGGAUUUUAAGUAGAUUGUUAAAAAACUCUUGCUAUUUUUAACGAAAAAGAAAAAUGACUAAUUUUGUAAUUAUAUAAUCUUGUGAUAUAGUUGAAUGUGUGUAUCAGGGUAAAGAAUUAAUAUAUCAUAAAAUCAAACUUUCUAUUUAACAUACUUUGUGAAUUAAUCUAUAUAUUCUUCUAUUUUAGAAAUCUCAAAUAUUUUCGAAACUCGCGUUUUAUAAUAACAGAUAUUUCUAUUAUAUAUAUAAUUUAUUUUUUUCAUUGUUGAUUUUAACUAAAAGUAGAUAUUAUAAAAGUGAUUGUUUUUGUGUGUGUGUGUGUGUGUAUACACAUAAAAACAAUCACUUUUUUAAUAUCUACUUUUAGUUAAAAUCAACAAAGAAAAAAAUAAAUAUGAUAUUUCAUUACCUUUAUGCUAAACAUACCAUAAAAAUGUUAGCACAAAUUCUUGUAUAUAUAUUUGUAUCUCUAUUUAUAAUUCAUAUAUUUUUUUAUACAUUUCACUUAAUGCAAAUUAUAAACAAAGAUAAAAAUUACUACAUUCAGAUUUUAUUUAAUAUAAUAGGCAUUGGCAUAAUCAAAAAAGAUGCAAUAUGUUUAUUAUUAUAUUUUGUUGAAAAAAAGAAUAUUAUGUUAAUAUGAUAUUGGUAUAUUGUCAGGUAAAUGAUAUACUUAAAAAAAAAAAAAACGUUAAAUAGUGCACCGAUCAAAAAACGUAUUCAUAGAUCACGUUUAAUAUACUCAUUAAGUUUGAAGUAUCGAGUUUAGCAUUUAUCACUUUGUAAUUAUGUUGUUAAUUGAAUACUUGUAACUAGCUCGUAAGAUAUAGAAAGAUAUAAUAAUGCGUCGGUUUUUCUUGUUCACGUUUAAUAAUGUGCCUGUAUAGUUUAUUUAGUAUAUUUUAAUGAAGAUAUCUAUAUAUAUAUGAAAAUUUACGAUGUGGGCAUGAUUGGAGUAAUAAUGAAAGUUUGAUACUUUCGUCACUUUUUUAAUAAUUAUAUUCACAAUAAGUUUUGAUUGCAACAAAUGCUGGUCAUUCUGUACUUUGCGAAAAGAAUUUUAGAUCUAGUCUUUUACAAUUACUAUCAACACACAGUGAUAACAUAUCUAACUAUUAAUUAAAUUCUUUAUCUCUUCCUUUAUAUAAUAAAGAAAUAUAUCAAGAUAAGGAAUUUGAAAAAACAAUUAUGAUUAUCUGGAUAUGAGUUAUUGAAAAUUAAUUUAUGCUGCCAUAUUACAAUUGAUAGUACUUCUUGAAUAUUGAUAUGUUUACACAAAUCAUACAUUAUAUAUAUAUAUAUAUAUAUAUAUAUAUAUAUAUAUAUAUAUAUAUGUAUGUAUUUAUAGAUAAUAUACACUUAUUUAAUUUUAAUCUAACAUGGAUAAUGACCAAUAACUGAUACACUAGGAGAAAUCCUUGACUUAUACAGAAAUAAGUAAAUAUAUAUAUAUAUAUAUAUUCAAAAUGAUUCAAGAUAAUUUCAAGUAUACUAACGAUUAAUAUAUUAAUGAAAGACAAGUGCUCCAAAUAUUGAAUUACAUUUAUAUAAUUUGAGAAUAAAAUCAAACAAUGUGUUCUGUUUAUUCUGUUACAAUCAAUCAUUGUACAAAAUGAUAUUAUAUCAAAUAGAACUUAUUAUCUAUAAAAAUAUAUUUGGGCAGGAGCAGAAAAGAUAUUAGAUAUAUUAAAUUAAUAUAUAUGUAUAUUAUGAAAUGUAUAAGUUUGUCCAUUUUUUACUUAAUGCUUAAAAUUCUAACAUCAAUUAGAAAUUUAUGAUAUUUUAAAUGCAAUUUUACUGAAUACUUUUUAGGUCAUAAUAUAGUCACUUAAUAAAGAAAACUGCAUUUUAUUUUGUUACAAGAAAAUUAUAAUUAACAUGGAGAUACAAGAGAAAGACUAUUCAAUCAAAAUGAUUCAAUACAAAUCAAAAACUUUAGAACAUUACCAACUCUCAUUUAUAUAACAAACUUUACAUAAUAAACAUCCACUUUUACAUAAUAAAUUAGUAAAAUUCUGUACCUAUAUUUUCUGAUUUCUUUUGAAUGAUAUAUAUAUAUAUAUAUAUAUAUAUAUAUAUAUAUAUAUAUAUAUAUAUAUAUACAUAUAUCAAGUGUGAUAAAGUCCAAAUAAGAUAUGUACUAUUUAUACAAGAUACACAAAAAGUAGAGUUAUACAAAUAAAAUAUAGGUAGAUUGUAUUGUAGAAAUAAAGUACAAUGUACAAUGUACAAUUGUAGGAGUAUUCAAUAAAUAUUUAUCAUAA